UUGAUACUCGGUUGGUAAAAACGUUCUUCUAAUUGUUAAAUUGAAUUUACUAAAAUAUACCGUAAAAAGAAAAUUUAAUUAUUUUAAUUUUAAUAUUAUUUUAUUUUAUUAAAAAAAAUGGUUUACCUUAUUAAACAAGCUUUUAAUCUUAUAUCUUAUUAUGAGCAGAAAAAAGAUAUGAGAACUGAUCAUUACCUAUUUUUGGGGUCACCAUUAAAAACGAUUGCAAUAUUAGCAUUAUAUUAUUAUUUUGUUAAAAAUUUAGGACCAAGACUAAUGAAAGAUCGUAAACCAUUUCAAUUGAAAGGUGUAUUGAUGGUUUAUAAUAUAAUUCAAGUAGUAGCCAAUGCCAUCUUAAGUAUUUUGAGUAUAUAUGCAUUCUUUUCAAAUCCAGAUCGUAAAUUAAGAUGUUUAUUGAGUGAUUAUUCAAAUACAGAUAUUGCUAUGUUUGAAGCAAAUUUAACAUAUGCGUAUUAUUUGUUAAAACUUUCUGAUCUAUUAGAUACAAUAUUUUUUGUUUUGAGAAAAAAGAACAAUCAAAUAACAUUUUUACAUACUUAUCAUCAUAUGUGUAUGAUUGUUGGUACUUAUGCAACUGCAAAAUGGUUACCAGGUGGCCAUAUGGGAAUAGUUGGAAUAUUAAAUAGUUUUGUACAUAUUUUAAUGUAUUCAUACUAUUUUAUAGCAUCAAUGAAACCUGAAUUAAGUAAAUCUAUAUGGUGGAAAAAAUAUAUAACACAAGCACAAAUAUUACAAUUUUCAAUAUUAUUUGUACAUUUCUCGCAUCCAUUAUUAUUUGGUGAUUGUAAAUAUCCAAAGUUUUGGAUGAUAUUUGGUUUUGUACAAAAUACUUUUAUGCUAAUAUUAUUCUCAGAUUUUUAUUAUAGAACAUAUAUUUGUAAAAAUAAUUCUAAAACAAAAUCUAAUAAAAUUAAAAAUAUAAAUGAAAAUAAUAAUCAUAUAGGAAAUAAAGUAAAGUAAAAAUGAUAAACAAAAAAAAAAUAAGAAAUUUAUAAUAAAUUAAUAAUGAAUACGUUUAUAUAAAUUUAAUAUAUACAUAUAUAUGUAUAUAGAAAUUAUAAAUUAUAUUCUCUGUUAUUUAUGUAAAAAUUUGCAAAAAUUUCAACCUUGACUUUGCAUUUUAAUCUAACUAAAUUGUUUUAAA